AUGCCCCUUUGCGGCGGGUCAAAAAACGUCCAGCGCAAGCUGGUGCUACUUGGCGAUGGUGCCUGCGGUAAAACGUCCCUGUUGAAUGUCUUCACGAGAGGAUACUUUCCCACCGUCUACGAGCCCACGGUCUUCGAAAACUACGUUCACGACAUCUUUGUCGACAGCGUUCAUAUUGAGCUGUCCUUGUGGGACACGGCUGGCCAGGAGGAAUUCGACCGCCUGCGGUCUCUCUCAUAUGACGAUACCGACCUAAUCAUGCUCUGCUACUCCGUCGAUAGCAAAGACUCGCUCGAAAACGUCGAGUCCAAGUGGGUUGGCGAGAUUGCCGACAACUGCGCCGGCGUCAAGCUGGUCCUCGUCGCCCUCAAGUGCGACCUCCGCGAGCAGACCGAAGACGAGGAAACCGAAGAAGCGGGCGCGGCCACCGCCGCCGCCGCCGCCGGCGAGACGGCCGAGCCGCGCGAGAAGAAACCCCUCAUCACGUACGAGCAGGGCCUCGAGGUCGCCCGCCGCAUAGGGGCCUCGCGCUACCUCGAGUGCUCCGCCAUGAAGAACCGCGGCGUCAACGAGGCCUUCACGGAGGCCGCCCGCGUGGCCCUGAGCGUCAAGAAGGAGCGCGAGGAGAGCAAGUGCGUCAUCAUGUAA